UUUUUCGCUAAACAAAAACAUAUCGGAAGUUAACAUUUUACACAAUAGCUGUUAUGAGGGGUGGUCGUACCUAUUGUAUAACCCUCGCGCGACAGGGCCCAAUGCGCAUGUCCAAAUAACCUCAUACAAUCCACGCCUUAAUUCAUCCACAUAAAUUGUAACAUUGUGCUUUUUACUGGUACAAUUGCAUUCGUGAAUAAACACGAGAAAGCCUUACAUUGGUAACUUCACCAAUUAUUAAUAUCUGACAUCGAUCUGGCUACUGUAAUUUUUAAUUCAUGAAACAUCGAUGUUUCAAAAAUGUAUUUGUCUGAGUGCGAGGGGUCGUUGCAACGCUGACUGAGGUGCACAGUCGGGCUCAUGGCAAUUAGUAAAAACUAUGUGAUCGCAGUGUGUUAAAAUAUUGAGUGAGUGAAAGAUAAAAUGGUAAAUGACGCACAAGUACAGUCGCCGCCAAAUUUGGAUGUGCGUGGCGACGAACGCACAAACCAAAAGUGUGAUGUAAAUAGGAGUGUUAAAAUAUUGGAAUAUAAGGGACUGCUGUGGACAUGUGGUUUGAGGGAAAUUUGUUUAACUGCACUCUGGCUUCCAUUAGGUGCUUUAAUAUUUUGUUAUGUGACAGCGUCUAUAUUUCAAGCAGAUGACAUACAUGAAACACAUUGUAGGGUCUACAAUGUAGUGCCAUCAAUAAGUGCGAUUACCGGGAUAAGUCCUCAGAGGUAUAUUUGGAGGAUAUGCAUCGCUUUCCACUUAGGACCAAGAUUGUUGAUAGGUUCUUUAUAUUACAACUAUCACCAAGAGCGCACCUCUUAUAUUACCGAGGAAAAGGCUCGGACUGCCGCGACCAAGUUAGGGCACGCGUGCUAUUGGCUUAAUUUCAUAGAGCUGUUUGCAUUAACAGGAGUUACUUAUAUCUCCAAUAGGGAAAACUAUUUCGUUCACGAGAAGAUAUUCAUAGUGUUCAUGGUAGCGGCUUUACUGCACAUGCUGUGUCGAGCGCGCGUCGGUUGCAUCGCGAGCGACGUGGUCGAGCCUGUGAGGACAAACAAACUUGUGUGGACUCUGUUCUACGUCGCCAUCGCUGCGACCGUGGGACUGAUUAUAUUCUUCUUGCGACACCGACUGCUGUGUCGGCCGUUAGCAUUCACAUGGUUCUCAGUGUGCGAAUACAUCUUGGCGACGGCGAACAUGGCAUUCCACGCGAUUGUGGUCCGCGACCUCCCCCUACACGAACUACAAGUGGUGUGCCCUACUCACAGUAAGCCGAACUGAACGUGUACAUACAUAAUUUGAUUGUGAAUGGAAUCGGUCAGCGACAUGUAACGGAUUAUGGAUAUUUGAAUAGAAGACUAGAAUGUUUGCAUUGAAGGGCGUCUAUUAUGUCGAUUAGACAUCGAAUGUCGCACUGAGGAGCAAAUAAUUUGGGUCAGUUGCAGAACCUUCACCAUUUAAUUAUAGUCUUAGAUUAUAAAAAGGUUGAAGGGCAUAAUCCGAUUUCAUUGCUUCUGAGUGUAGACAACCCUUCUUCUUCAAACGCGUUUGAUGUAAAAUAUUGUUCAUUCGCUUGAAAAUCUGAGAUGUUCAUCAACAUCAAAGACCAGCGCGUGAUUUGAUUGAACAAGUCGCGUGAGUGUUCGUCAGUUGUUUUUACACUGGCGUGUUUAUUUGCUAAUGAUGGAGUAGUUACUCACUGUCCACAGUUGAAAAGAUUUAUUAGCGAAUGACGAGUAUUUUGAAAGUUUAGCUACUGGAUUAUGGAUUGCGAUUGUAUUUGAUUGGACCCUGCUGUUUAUAAGUAGCCUUAUGCUUAUGUAAAAAGGUUGGUAAUGUUUGUAAAUGUGGAUGUUACCAACGAUAUACAUAGUAUGUAGAUACAGCAUUUAAAUGUAUGACAAAAGUAGAAUAAGCUGAAUGAUUAAGAUAUGCAGAAUUCUAAAUUUUAUAAAGCCACUCGCUCAGUUUUGGGACGAGUUCACAUUGUAUUUAAGCAAGUUUUGUACCACCCCCCAUUUUUCUAGUGAUAGCGCUAAUGCACUAUGAAUGACCUACCUGGGGUUAAUGGAAUUUUCUAUAGAAUCCCAGAAUCUGUCUAUCAGCUCAGUGUACUCAAAUAAACUCUGUAUCUACUUAGGGCUUCACAGUAUACUUGUGGAUGUAUGCCAAAAUCAGUACCCUUAGAAGAGGAAACCAAGCCUGAUGUUCAGUUACUUCAUUCAGGAAUACAUUCGAACUUUUCAAGCUUUUUAAAUUUAUUCAUCUUCUUUUCAACAUCCAAAGAAACCUUCACCAAUCAUUUGGAAACCAGAUCCUUCUUCCUUGUCAAUUUAUGGGUCAAGUUUGAUCAAGCUUUACCAAUUAGCUGUACCUAGAAUGCUAGUUAUUAUGUACACUAAUAUUUGUCAAAAUUAAAAAUGAGGAUCUAGUUAUAAUAUAGAGAUAUAAAAAUGUAGAUAAUAAUUGCCUUAUGUAUUUAAUAAUGUGCAGUUACUCCGUUUAACAAUCCUGCAGAGAUUGCAAUCAGUGAUCCAAAGCCUGAGAAAUGCUGUGAGUUUUUAAAUAGGCAUUUUAUUAUACGUUAAAGUAAUCCACAAUUCAGCGUCUGAAAUAAAAAGAGUUAAUAAGACGAAUUAUCUCAUUUUGAACUGAAAUCUAAAUAAUUUCAACGGCCAUUUUGAAAAAAUGAUUGUCAAAAAGUGUUCGGAAAAUUGCAAACGAUUAAUUAGAAUAUUUUACAUACUUACACUAAGAAAUAGGCAUGUUAAUAAUAAUAAUUUAAUCAGUUCAGUUUAGUACUAUUGAAGUCGAUUUUACUUUGUUCUUUUUUACAAAUAACAGUUUGAUAAAAGACGAGAAAGGUACAGAAACACCAAUGUACUAGACUGGACAUUUAAUUAGUAAUUUAGUGUAACCGCAUCGUUUGUUUAGAUCCUAGGCAUUCGAGUGUGACAACUGAACUUGUGCACAUAAGUUCAAUCACGCUAGUUCAUUUGAUGAAUAAAUAUCAACUUGAGUUUGA